UCUCCAGCGGGGGCAGCUUUACAUAAGACUUCGGUCUCAGUCUAUCGGAAGCAACAGUGGCAAGAGCUUCGGGCUGAGAGGCUGGGAGCCGGGGAGCUGUCCAUUGCGAAAUUACAACCGGGAAGAAAAACAAAACGACACCUUGAUUUUGCUGGGUGACAGUGAAAGCGUUGGAUUUUCUUUAGGAAUCUGGAGCUGGCUACACACAAGACACACAGAGAAAAAUAACAAAACUACUGCAGAGCCCCUGGGUGCUGCUGAAAGGAGGUUUUACUCUGGAGUCGUUGGCGAGGAGCAGAACGGGGAAAUUAGAAGUUCACUGUGUGCUGCAGUUAGACCUCUGGCUGCUGCCUCUCUGUGUCUCCAGUGUGUGUGUGUGUGAGAGAGAGAGAAACAGAGAGACUGGGAGAGGGAGCUGGGCGAGCCCGCACGGAGCUCUCCAUGGCUGAUUAGAGAGUGAUGUUUGGAGAGAGGACAGAAACUGUGCACAUCCAAGGGGCUCCGACUGCCACCCAUGGGUGCCCGCCAAGGCGGGCUGGCGACGGCGCGGCCGAGCUAGUGUGCCUCGCUGCAGGUACCGUGGACAGCGCCUGAGCAGCGGGCAGUCUGCGCAGGAUGGGUCUCAGUGGGAUCGCAGUGUUGGUGAUGGCUCCCACUGUCUUCCUGAGCGUCGUCACUGCCGCAGCCGAGCGGGGCUGCCCCGCCAACUGCAGAUGCCACGGGAAAAUUGUGUACUGCGAGUCGCUCAGCCUGCAGGAGAUCCCUCCGAACCUGUCCCCGGGCUCCCUGGGCCUCUCGCUGCGCUACAACAGCCUGCACCAACUGCAACCCAACCAGUUCCUGGGUCUCAAGCAGCUCACUUGGCUGUACCUGGACCACAACUACAUUGACCAGAUCCACGAGCAGGCCUUCGCUGGAGCCCAUCGACUCAAGGAAUUGAUCCUGAGCUCCAACCGCAUCAGCUCCCUUUCCAACCAGACCUUCCGGCCGGUCAGUAACCUCCGUAACCUGGACCUGUCCUACAACCAGCUGCAGGUGCUGCAGCCUGAGCAGUUCCGGGGUCUCCGCAAACUCCAAAGCCUGCACCUGAGGUCCAACCGCCUGCGGACGGUGCCAGUCCGGAUCUUCCAGGACUGCCGCAACGUGGAGUUCCUCGACUUGGGUUACAACCGGAUCCGCAGCCUGGCCCGGAACGCCUUCGCUGGCCUCGGGCGCCUGGUGGAACUCCACCUGGAGCACAACCAGUUCUCCAAGGUCAACCUGGGCCAUUUCCCCCGGCUCCUGGCCCUGCGCAUCCUCUACCUGCAGUGGAACAAGAUCAGUGUGGUCAUCCAGGGCAUGUCAUGGACCUGGAGCUCCCUGGAGAAGCUCGACCUCUCCGGCAAUGAGAUCCAGGCCAUUGGGCCCAACGUCUUCCAGUGUGUGCCCAACCUGCAGACCCUGCAGCUGGACUCCAACAAGCUGACCACCAUCGGGCAGGAGAUCCUAGAGUCCUGGAUCUCGCUCAGCUCCAUCAGCCUGGCCGGGAACAUGUGGGAGUGCAACCACAAUAUCUGCUCGCUGGUCAACUGGCUGAAGAGGUUCAAAGGUCGGAGGGAGAGCACCAUGCUGUGCGCCGGUCCCAAGGCACUGCAGGGUGAGCAGGUCAUGGACGCCGUCGAUAACUAUGAGCUCUGCAUCAAAAAGCAGAGGGUCUCUACCCAAGCCGUGCCCAAGGUGCCGGCCAGGCCCACCUUCCGAACGAGACUUCCCAAAGCCAAUGGGGAGGUCAAAGGCCAGCCCGUGCCCGCAGCCAGCGCCAGCCCCACUGAUGCCAGCUCCGACCCUGACUUGGGGGAACCCAUCUCCUUCCACAAGAUCAUAGCGGGGAGCGUGGCCCUGUUCCUCUCAGUGCUGGUCAUCCUGCUGGUCAUCUACGUGUCCUGGAAGCGGUACCCAGCCAGCAUGAAGCAAUUCCAGCAGCGUUCACUGGGGCGUCGGCAUCGGAAAAAGAAGAGGCAGUCUUUGAGACAAAUGGUCCCCAGCACCCAGGAGUAUUAUGUUGAUUAUAAACCUGCCCACGCUGAGGCCACUGAGAUGUUGAUGAAUGGAGCAGCUCCGUGCACCUUUAGUAAAUCAGGCUCCAGGGAAUGUGAGGUAUGAACUUCUUAUAAA